AUGUUUCUGGAGGUAAAAUUUCCUUGCGGAAGGUAUGAUUUCAAUCAAGAUACCAAGAAAGUAGUUAUUGUGAAAGCAAAAGGAUUGCUCAAUUUGUAUUUGAAUGAAGAGAAUGAAUUGUGGUUGAAGUGGUAUAAUGUGGAUCUAGAUAAUAAAUUAGAAAUUGUAUUGAAAUAAUUUAAAGUAAAUUAGGAAAGAGUCUUGAUUAAAGGCUGCACUUUUUUCGAAAAAGUUAAAGGCUAGAACAGAGUGUACCUCCUUAGAUUUACAGACGAUGACUAUAAAUACUUCUUUUGGAUGCAAUCUGACGAUCCAAGUUUGGAUGAAAAUUAUUGUAAGCAAUUUAACAAUGUUAUCAAUGCUUAAGUGUUGGAUGAUCCUAUGGAAAUUGAACAACAGCCUCCAGUUUAAACUAUAACAUAAUAAUAAUCUCAUCCAUAACCUCCACAAUAAAUGGACCUAUAAUAAUAAUAACUUUUGCAAUUACUUCAAUAGUAACUAACAUCCAGAAUUGGUCCAGGACUAUCAUUAACUGAUCUUCUUACAACUGAAUUUUUGACUCAAAUUGCCAAGGACCAAGAAUACUUUGAGGCUUUAAAAGAGUAAGAAAUAUUGUUUAUUCGAGACACUUACCUCCCUGAUUAAUAGAACUUAGAAUAAUUUAGAGAAAAUCUACUGAGUCCUCAAUUUAAAUAGGCAUUGGAUCAAUUGACUCAUGCUUUAAAGGGAAGGGAGAGGAGUUCUGUCAUUUAGCAGUUAGACUUGGAUUACAGAAUAUUGGAGUAGGAAUUCGAUGGAGUUAUAGCUUUUGUGAAGGCAAUUAUAAGAAAGGCUUAAAAUAAAAAUUGA